AGUAAACGAAAAGGAACGAAAGACAACUAUUACAAAUCUGUGAACUCGUCCGCUCGGACAGGCGGAGAGAAUGACUUUCGGUUUAGAGUCAUGACAUUUGUUUUUAAGUACUUUAAGAGACUUGGGGAGAAUUAAAUUGCAGUGUAACGCAAAAAAAAAUUGGUGUCUGGAAGAUUUGUCUCUGGGCAGCUGUGAAAGUUGUUUUGUUGGUGUUAGCUCGCAUGCUAACACGUUUACCUUUCGGGUAUGACAUCAACUAAUCCAGAUAUGCCUGAAGUCUCUUCACUAGCUGUGGCCACAUCAGCUGUGUCUCUUUCGAACAGUUCUGCAGUUGUGCCAAAGGCUAACAACAAGCGGCAAGCCACCUCGGACUUCGAGGAUGAUGAGGGAAGCAAAUUGUUCAGGUGUGAUGAUGACUCAAGCGGGGCAAAUGACAAAGAGAGAUUUGCCAGGGAGAAUCACAGUGAGAUCGAGCGGAGGCGGAGAAAUAAGAUGACUGCUUACGUCACAGAGCUGUCGGACAUGGUGCCCACCUGCAGCGCAUUGGCACGGAAACCAGACAAGCUGACCAUCCUUCGCAUGGCCGUAUCUCACAUAAAAUCGCUCCGAGGGAGUGGCAACACCAGCACAGAUGGAACAUACAAACCUUCCUUCCUUACAGACCAGGAGCUGAAGCAUCUGAUUCUGGAGGCUGCUGAUGGCUUCUUGUUCGUUGUGUCAUGUGAGACCGGCCGUGUCGUUUACGUGUCGGACUCUGUCACACCAGUUCUGAACCAGGCUCAGUCUGAUUGGCUCGGAUCCUCGCUGUACGACCAGCUUCAUCCAGAUGAUGCAGAGAAACUCCGAGAGCAGCUCUCCACCAGUGAAAACAACAACACUGGUCGGAUGUUGGACCUGAAAACAGGCACAGUGAAGAAAGAGGCGGGUCAGUCGUCUGUAAGGAUGAGUAUGGGUGCACGGCGCUCCUUCAUCUGCAGGAUGAGAUGUGGAGUUUGUCCAGUAGAACCAGUGUCUAUGAACAGACUCAACUUCCUGAGAAGCAGAAACAGGAAUGGCUUGGGUCCUUCUAAGGACGGUGAACCGCAGUAUGUGGUGGUACACUGCACAGGCUAUAUCAAAUCCUGGCCUCCUGCUGGAGUGACUCUUUCUGAAGAGGAGGCUGAUAAUACUCAAGGAAAUCGUUUCUGCCUAGUUGCCAUUGGACGGCUACAGGUAACCUGUUCUCCAAGCGACACCAACAUAAAUAACAUCAGCGUUCCAGUGGAAUUUAUUUCUCGCCAUAACUGUCAAGGCGUCUACACCUUUGUGGAUCACCGCUGCCUGGCGACAGUGGGCUACCAACCUCAGGAGUUACUGGGGAAGAACAUUCUAGAUCUCGCACACCCAGAAGAACAGGGCUUAUUAAGAGACAGCCUUCAGCAGGUGGUGAAUCUACGAGGUCAGGUUAUGACGGUGAUGUUCCGGUUCCGCUCUAAAUCCAACGAGUGGAUCUUGAUGAGAACGAGCUCGUUCACCUUCCAGAACCCUUUCUCAGAGGAGAUUGAGUACAUUAUAUGCACCAACGCCAACGUCAAUAGAGCUCCAAAUCAGGAUUCCCUGUCCCCCCUCUCUUCCCCGGGGGUGGCACUGCCCCCUUCACUGGGGCAAAGCAGUCCUAACUGCCCCUCCACCCCCAGCCCAGGUCAAAUAACAGCCAGGCAGUUGCAGCAGCAGCAGGCGGAGUUAGAGGGGGGGAUGAGUAGAGAUGCAGUGUAUGAAUCAAAUCAGGUGGCGCUUCCUCAGGUUCCAGUGCAGACUGUGGGAGUAGUCAACACUGAUCACAACUCUAAGGCUCUGUCAUCCAGUGUGUCCAGUGCACAGCAGGUUUACCCUCCAGCAGCAUCUUUCCCCAGUACUGCACGCCCCAGUGAACCCUUCAGGUCAGCUGGAAUGGCUCAGCAGAUGGUGUCCGCCCCUCACUCAGCAGGUCAGAUGCUGGCACAGAUGUCAGGUCAGAGCACACCCUCUGCAGCCAUUUUCAGCAACAACAGUCCCAUUCAGGCCCAGGCAGGAGCCACAGCACCACCUGGAGUCUGGACUGCAGCAAGACCUCCCUUCAACACACAGGUGGCAGGUCAAGUAACGAAGAAUCAGUCACCUCAAUUUUACAUGGGAGGUUUCAGCUCCGCCCCUACAUCCUCCACUUCCUCAUCAUUUGGCCAGAUGGGCGGAGCCGCUGCUUCAAUGGCAAACACAUCAAGUUACCCACAACUCACCAGUCGCACCAACCCCUCAUCAAACAGCCACGGUAAUGUUGGUCAGAUGGGAGCACAGUUCCCCUCCAGGCCAGCAGAGGGAGUGUCAGGGUGGCAGCAGUGGCAAAAUCAGCCACACACACAAGGCACUGGAGAUACACACCCGCAGUCUCAGAACAACCAGUCAGAGAUAUUCUCAGAUGUUCUCUCCAUGUUGGAUCAGUCCGGCACUUUUGGCAACGAAGACUUUGCAGAGAUGCCUAUGUUUCCUCCAUUCCCUGAGUGAUCCUGCUUCCUUUGUCACUUUCUUCACUCCCUGUUGCUCUCUUACUCUCCAUUUCUUUCUGUUUUAAACAAAUUGAUGACCGUAUAGAGGGAUUUAUAGAAACAGAGAAGAAUGGAAGGACAUCGCAAUUCUUAUAAGCCAUACUGUGAGGAUACAAGAGGGAGAGAGAAAAACAGCCUAGCGCACAGACAGACAGGUGUCGACGACCCCUGUGCUUUGAACAGGGGUGAAAUGUGUUCACUUUAAAAUCACGUACAAUUGCACACAUCGAGCACAAACGGUCCCACACUGUCUCUGCCAUACACACAUAUGCUUUUUAUUUUUGAGUUUGAAAUAAGAAUUGCUUAUCCAUUUUGUGUACUUUUUUCCACACACACAAAGACAGUCUUGUCUGUCUGUAUUACUGUGUGUAGUAACUGCACUGUGAUGUGACAUUUUGAUCCCAUUAAAAUCUAAGAGAAAAUUUGAUUCAGCCACUAGUAUGUGGCAGCUUUGAUCUGGAGUGUCAUGGCUGCCUCACACAUAAGCUCUGAAUGUAAUGAAGUUAAAGAGCUCUAAAUGUAUUGGUGGAGUCACCCCCGCCCCCACCCCCCAGAAGCUGUGGCAUGUUUUCUUUUAUCUUGUUUUUAAAAGCUUCCAUAAGGGUUGGAGAAAUCUCAGAAUUUGAAUAAGGUAUAAAUUAGACAGAAUUUGAAUUGAACUGGCCACACCCCACAUUCCACACAAGCGCACAACAGAGGAAGUUCAUUAGUCCAAUACAGUUUGUUUCUGAACUGAUUGAACAUAUUUUUCUUUAAACUUUUUCUUUAAAAUGUAAAUAUCACAGAAUGUGCACCACAUUUUUGGGGGGAUAAAUGAUCCUUGAAAUUCAGUCAUGAAACUCUACAUGGCCAAAUAUGUUUGGUCCUUUGACAUGUAAUCUGUUAGCCAAUCAACUUGCGCACUCUGUCUAACAUUUAAAUUGGCUGUGUCUCGUUUGGAAGGCUGUGUCCUCUGGAGGUCGCAUUUGUCGGCCGCAUAUGUCAUCAAGGCCGUCUCGUUUCAGAAAAGCGAGGAGGACACUUCGAAUGCAUUCUUCGAAUGCGACCUUCUUUCACGGGAAUUCGGAGGAUGCAUGAGGUGUAUCCUUCAUGGGCACUCGUAACCCACAAUUCUUUGCUUCAAUGGAAAUGUCUAAAAAAAAGGACGCCAAUUUGCCCGUAAAUAUGAUGUUCAAACGCAAGUAAUGUUAAUUCCCAAGUUGAAGUAUUUCAGUAGAUGGGUGCAGAGUAUAUAAUAUGCAUAAUUUAUUAAUAUAUAAUUAAAAUAAAGUAUUAGACUAAAAGUACACAUGUAAAACCUAUUUUCUUUUCUCUUUACAUCAUUAUAACUCUCCUAAAAUGUACCUCAUACAUUCCCUUCCAGAGGGACUUUGUUACCGUCUCACUCGAAGUGCUCGCAUUUGUUAAAGAGUGGCGUGCUGUCAUAGCAACCAUGUUACGUUCCGUUUCUGUUUGUCCUACGAAGGCUGUCUCAUUUAAACGAGACUUGUUUAAACGAGGACACUCGGUAUACUGCAGCCUUCAAAGGAUGCGUCCUACCUAGCAUGCAUCCUUCCAAACGAGACACAGCCUUUGCCUUAUGCAAGGGCGUAGCCAGGAAAUUACUUUUUUGUGGGACUUAAUAUAAAUGGAUGUGCCAAAUUUUCACCCAUUUUUAAAAAAAAAAAAAAUUCCUUAACAAAAGAGAGGUGGCACAUUCAAACAGUUCUUUCACACUUUCAGAAAUUUGAAUUUAUGCAUUUUUUUAAAUAUUUUAUAAAUAUAUAUUUGAAGUCAGAGAAUAAUCUCUAAUAUUCUGGGUGGGCCUGGGUCUAAUUUGAGUGGUCCCAGGCCCACCCCAGGAUCCCUUGGCUACACCACUGUUUGUAUGCAGGUAAACCAGUUGAACUGCAGCGUGCUAUGAGAGUUUUCUCACUUAAACGCUCCUCCUCCUCCCCAAUACCACUUGUCAAGUUCUGCUUCAUGGGGAUUGUAUGCAUGUUUAAUUGUGCAGCAGUGUAAGCAGAUCUAGUCUACCAAGACCAAACUGUCAUAUCCAUUGGUGAUAUUUCCUGUUUAAAUUUAUUCAGAGUUGUCGUGACUGAACUUUAUCAAAAUAAAUAUUGACAUCUUAAUGGCAAGACCAUUCUGGGGAGACAAUGAAAGUUUUAAUUGUAAUUCUGCUUCCUUAAAUUCAGAUUACAAUUUCAUCCUCUUUACUACUUCAGUUCAAAUUCAGGAAAUUAAUCUGAGUUUUAAAGGCAUUUUCAAUUCAAUCCCGAGUGGUGCUCAACCUUGGAUUCUUAUUGGUGCAGUGUAACACAUAACCUGCUGCAGUAGUUCUGGCUGCUUUUGAACUCAUCACAGGCUGUGGAUACAUCUAAUAUGUUUCUCUUGUCAAUUCUGCAGCUUUAUAUAAAGUUUAAACUUCAAAUGGACAGGCAAUUACUUGUAAACACAUCUCUUCCUGUGUCCGUGUCUUCAAGCACACGUUUCACCUGUGCUGAUGUCAUGGUUUCACUCAGGCAUGUUUUUGUAAACACAAUGAAAAAGAUUGUAAAUCAAGCAAUAAUGAGCAGGAUUUGUGUACUUCAAAGCCAUUUUAUUGGUAGACUAAGUAUUAUCAUAACCUUAAUAUAAAGUGGAAAAGAAGAAACCUAUAAGCAUAAUCUGUACAGUCAGUGUUUUGCUUUUGGAUUCAGUCUCUCCAAAUUUAUUAAUUUGAAAGCUGACAUUCUAAAUUGGCCUUGUACAGAGAAAAUAUUCCAGAAUUUCUCAUAAUUCUUCAGUUGAAUCCAUAUAGUUUAAGGAAUAUUGGCACGUUUCAUUUUUGAAUUGUUAAUUUUAUUUAGAUGAAAAACUUAAUCUGGGUGUAUCUGUCUACCCUUCAAUACUAAUUCAUGUUUAUUAAAAUAAGUAAAUCCAUGUGUCAAUAGAAGCCUUUUCUCUGAUAUGAAAUGACCAAUGCUCUGGUCUAUUGUGAUUGUGUGUGUUUGUUUUUCGCUACCUUGUUUCUCAUCCAGAUUUUUACAAUGAUGUGAACUGCAAUUUAUGUAGUACACAGAAUUAGAAAUAUAUGAGCAUAUAUGUAUAUGAAAUAUUCAACAUGAAAGAGAACUGUUUUGUCUUUUGAAUUAAAUUUCUAUAUUGUCAAAUAAAAUUGUUGGGGUAU